GCGUAGAAGCAACAAGCCAUAGAACCAGCAGCAGCAACAGCUAGCCAGCAGCAGGCUAUCAGUCGCGGACGGGGCGCAGUAACAUGUAAAAGUUUACAAACAUCGACCUUCGUCCGAAGUAGACGCAAGACCAACGUUCGACGAGUCCCGGGACGGCGGACGACAUCAUGGAUUAUAUCCCGCUCGUGUAACAGCGAGGUUUUUUUUUUUUUUUUUGCGUUAGAAAGAGCUUCAAAUGUGCGAAAAGUCGCUGGGUCCGUUCUCGUCGUUGGAACAAGAUGGCAGCAGAAACAGCAGCGCUGGUGCAGAGUUUCACUGUCACUGUGGUGCGGAUCCUCGGUGCUAAGCUGUUCUUUGACGCUCCGUGUGAUACAUUUUGCUGUUGUUACUGAAGGUAUGGCCUCACAAGUCUUAGUCUAUCCGUCACAUCUGCACUCAGCUCAAACAAGUGCCUUAGGAAGCAGCGGCAGCGGUACCAGCAGAUACUCUGGUGAAGUCCACCGCAGUUACAACACCAGCAGAGCCUUCGAGCAUCGACCUCCGCCCAAGACCUAUGUGAUUGGAGUCAACUACGGUAUCGCGUAUCCCAACAACGUUGUCCCUUCUUCAACUGGUGCAGAUUUAGGAAGACUACACGGGGGUCAACAGCUUGUAGAGACUGAGCCGUGGACUUUGCAGUCAGCGGCAGUUCAGAGUGUGGGAAGCUGGGGGGACAGCCUGAUAGAAGGUCCAGUUGGGAUCCAGGAUCAGCAGCCUGUUGAUCACAGCAGAGUACCACAGGAAGAGAGUGGUGGAGACUUGGACUGUGGUGUAUCGAGCAAGGCUUGUGGUAGAGCGGAGGGUGAGGAAGCCAGAAGCAGAAGAGCACAAGGAAGAGGAGGAUACGUCUCCGUCGUCGACUCGACCGCCACCCAGAGAUGUGAACAGAAGACGGGUGAAGGUGGAGAACAACCGCAGGCGAGCAGUCGCUUUAGGACCAUGCAGAUAGUGGAGGAGGCGUCUGCUUUACCGUCACUUCCUCCUCCUGUGGCCAUGUUGCAGACCAGCACCGGGAACAACGGCGACACCGUCCGAGCAGGCGGGGGAGGGACACUGCCUCCUCAACACAGCAGGGUCGACGCGGUGGCAGGCGUCGACGGGACUGAAACGAGGCCUGACGACAGCUCUGAUGUGGUGGUGGGCACUACGCUGAGCCGAACUGGAUCGGGAGACGGGGACUAUCAGUUGGUUCGGCACGAAGUUCUCUACUCCUUGAAGAACAGCUACGAGGUCUUGGAGUUUCUGGGUCGGGGCACCUUUGGCCAGGUGGUGAAGUGCUGGAAGAGGGGAACGAAUGAAGUGGUGGCGAUCAAAAUACUGAAGAACCACCCAUCCUAUGCACGACAAGGACAGAUUGAGGUGGAGAUCCUGGCCCGUUUGAGCGGUGAGAAUGCAGAUGAGCACAAUGUUGUGCGUGCGUUGGAGUGCUUUCAGCACCGCAGCCAUACCUGCUUGGUGUUUGAGAUGUUGGAGCAAAACCUGUACGACUUCCUAAAGCAGAACAAGUUCAGCCCGUUGCCUCUUAAAAUCAUCAGGCCCAUUCUGCUGCAGGUGGCUACAGCUCUAAAGAAGCUGAAGGAUCUUGGUUUGAUCCACGCUGACCUGAAGCCUGAAAACAUCAUGCUGGUGGACCCCUCCAGGCAGCCCUACAGAGUUAAAGUCAUUGACUUUGGCUCAGCCAGCCAUGUCUCCAAGGCUGUCUGCUCCACUUAUCUGCAGUCCAGAUACUACAG